UUGCCGUAGAAAAGCGAAAGUCUCCUGGACAAGGAUGUCAUAUGUGAAACUGGUGUCGCUGUGUGUCGCAGCUCCGGGUCUUACGGGCCUGUUGAGCGGCUCGGUGCUGGCUGCCAGUGAGGGGAAGAAGAAGAGCUCUCAACCUGCUCUGAGCAUCGAUGAGCUGCCGUCGUUGUACACCAGCCCUGAGUCAGAGUCUUGGUAUGUGGAGCCAGAGGCCGGGCCGCUGGAGCAGAGCGUGUCAUCGUUGAGGAAAUUGGCAGAACCAUACACGAACCAAUGCCAGAAAACAGGCCAGGCUGCAAUGGAGAAAGUUGAGGAAGUAUACAAGACUGUGGAGCCCACAAUCAGCACCUCAAUAACAACAGUCACAGAUGUGUACCAGUUCCUCAGUGACCCUCCUCCUGACCUCUACCCCAGUGUAGCAGUGGUGGGCUUCUCUGGCUUCCUUGGACUUUAUUUGGCCAAAGGUUCCAGGGUGAGGCAGCUGGUAUUUCCACUUGGACUCAUGGCUCUGAGUGCCUCCAUGUUUUACCCUCAGCAGGCUGCGUCUUUACUUAAGGUGAGUCGUGAUUCAGCGUACACCUGGGCUCAGCAGGGCCGCACCACCCUGGAGACUCUUUGGAAAGAGCCUCCAUUUGGCAAAAAGAAGAAGAAAGAGCGAACAGAUAGUGAUGACACGACCAGCUGAGACAGCUGGAAGAAGACACACACUUGGGAGAGUUUAACCUUUCAGUAACACACACUCACACGUGUACGACUAGAUGCAUCAUUCACACACAACCCAACUCCCACAGCCACAAAUCAGGACUUAAUUAUUUAAGUUAUAUAUCCCAGGGGUGUAAGUGUGUUUCUGAAACCUUUUUGGCCUCCUCUAGAGCCAUUCUGAAACACACCAUCUCUUCCAGGAAGCAGGUCACAUCCGUCCAUAUUCUGGUUUUCCAGAUAACUCUGUGAAUUCUGCUUCUUGAAACAGUCCUCCUCUGCUCUAAUCAUUCCUAGUUCCUCCCACCAUGACAUCAGCUCCUCUAAUUUCUGCUUUGCUCAACAAAACACAUCACAGAACCUAGUUUCUGCAGUGUUUGCUCUCUCAUGGGAGGCACUAAAUGAUAUCUGCCACCAACACUUCCUCAUUCUUUUAUUUUUGAAAGCUGCACAACACAGCCUCACAGACUGGCACAGAGAAAUGGGAAAUUGUUACAACUCAGUGAUUAGUAGAAUCAUCAUUUAUUUGAUUGACAGAAAAUAUAUCUGCAACUAUGUUGAUGAUCAAUUAAUGAU